CUGCUCGCACUCUGCCUGCCGGCGAUGCUGCUGCCGCCCGCGGUCCCGUUCCCGGCCCCGAGCACCGACUGGGCCGCCUGCAGGGACCUCUCCCAGCGGCUGUCGCGGCUUUUGGGGACAAUGAAGGAGUCGCACCGGGUGCUGGAUGGGGUCCGUCUGAGUGGAGAGGAGGACUCCGAGGGGGACUGUGCCCCCCGCAUCCGCUGCAGUGAUGCCUGUGACCCCUCCACGCUGGACACAAACAGCACGCCCUGCCUGCAGCGGAUCCUGCAGGGGUUGCAGCACUACCAGACCAUGUUGGGCUCCGACAUCUUCGCCUCACGCCCGCAGCCAGAGCUGAAGGCGGUGCUGGAGGAGCUGCUGGGCCUCGUGCAGGUGAGCUGACC